AUGGAGAAGAAGCAGCCCAAGAGAAAGGGCCAAGAUGAGAAAGAGGUUCCAAAGACCGUCCGCAAACUGGCGGUGGAAAGGCUUCUGGAAGCAGUUCCACGCGAAGACUGGCUCCACGAUGGUGGGAACUUGCUCUGGACGCGCAGGAGUGUGAAGAGAUUCCAGGAUCAUCGCACGCAAGUGGAGGUCCCUUCCACGAGGUCUCGGGGGCGGCCCUUUGUCGUUAUCCUGGAGGUCCAAGACGAAAAGCGGGACAUCGACCUCUCCAAGAUGCACCAGCAGGAUCCGUCAGAAGAGUCCGAGCUUCGGCGCUUUGUGCAGGUGGCGAUCCGAACUCUGGCGCAGAAGAUGGACCAUCUCAUCGCCCACGGCCGCAGAGUCCUCUGUGCGGACAACCAGCUUGCCAUGGACGCGGUCGCCUUAAAGUUUGGCCGAGAGCUUUGGUUCGGCUAUAUCGCGCAGGUGGAGUUUGUGAAUGGCGGGGUGAGCUCGGGCAGACUGGGCCCGGCUCGGCCUACACUCUGUUUGAACCUGGUGGCCAGCGUGGGCAUCCCGUCGAUGUCCGUCAUCCGACUCAUAGCGAAGCUUGGUGCGAGGUCUCCUGAAGACUGGAGGGGGGAAAGAGACAUCGAGAGGGACAUCGUUUGGCGAUAUUGGGAGAAGGACUACAGCUGGUUGCGUGCGGCCCUUCGCGGCGAAAUGGGGCUGCGCAAACUGAGAGUGAUGGCAGAGUAUGGCAAGGUGAAGGUGACUGGCAAGCAGGUCUAUGGCAUCACCGACAAGCCUGCCAAUCGCUACAUGUUCGAUUGCGAUGAGAUGGGGGGUAAGACUGAUGUGGUGUCCUACUUCAAGCACAAGCACAACAUCACAGUGCAGUAUCCGGAUCUGCCUUGUGUGCAACUCGGAAAUGUGCGCAACUGCGUCCCGAUGGAGUUCGUCUGGGUCAUGGGCGGUGAGCACAAUCUGGCCGUGGGCAAGGUGCGACCGGAAUUCCAGCAGAAGGUCACGCAAGAGACGGCCAUGCCACCCACGAGACGCCUCGAGUGCAUUAAGAAGAUGAUGGACAACGAAGACUUAGGCCCGAAGAAGGCUUUGCAGGACUUGGGGGUCGAUCUGGAUGUCCAGCUGCUGUCCCUGACCGGACGACAGCUUGACACGCCCAAGCUUCGGGACGGCAACAGUGGCAUGAACUACCCCAUGGGGCAGAGCACAAACUAUUCUAAUGGCUUCGCCGCCAUUCAUCCGCCAGAAUACGAGGUGUCCUGGGGCCUUUGGUGCUUCACAACCGACCGCUCCCCUUCGCAAAGCGAUGUCGACUGGUUCGCCGUCGAGUUCAAGAAGACGUGUGCCGAGAAGAAGAUGAGGUUUACGGACGCCAGGUUCGUUGAAUGGCCGCAGGCCUUCCGCGAGUAUUCCAAUUGCCACUAUUGGAAAGAGUCCUUCUCCACAACGCUGGCCGACGCCGUUCGUGCCAACCUGAAGCAGUUGUCGGAGACACACCCGGACCUCAAGCUGCUGCUCAUCCUCUUAAACGACAAGAACGACAGAGAGGCAAUCACUGCCCAGCUCUACAACACCAUCAAGCUGGUCACAGAGACGGAGCUGGGAACCUUCACAACGCAGUUCCUGAACUACAGCAACAAAAAGGGCAUCCAGGAUGCGAGGAGCAAGCUCAACAACCUCAUGCUCAAGGUCGCGCCCAAGGUUCCCCACUCGCCAACUGGCCACCCAGCCUUCAACGUGGCGCUCUUCAAUCCCCAUCGGCUGCUGACCAAGCCGGAGGCAACGAUGAUUAUGGGCGCCGACGUGACGCACAAAGUGUGCGGCAUCAGUGUGGCUGGCGUCGUGGCCUCCGUGAACUCGUCUUUCGCAACGUACUUCCACGAGAUCCGCGGACAGUCGCCAUAUACGCUCAACGAGCUCAAGCAGCGGAGUCGACAGAGCGAAGAGCGCAUUCUGGACCUCUCCGGCAUGGCGCAGAGCCUUCUUCAGAAGUGGAGGAAGGUCAACGGAAAGCUCCCAGACAAGAUCAUCUACUAUCGUGACGGCGUCUCGGAUGGCCAGUUCAUCGACGUGCUGAAAAUGGAGCUGAACCUACUGGUCGAUGCUUUCCAGAGCAUCAGUGAUACCUACAACCCCCAGCUGGUCAUCAUCGUUGGCCAGAAGCGUCAUCAGACGCGGCUUUGGCUGGCGGACAAGGGCAAGGGGGGCAAAGGGAAGGAGAAGGGGAAGGGCGACAAAGGAAAAGGCAAGGGAAAGGAUCCGUUGCAGGUUCCAGCCGGCACAGUGGCCAGCGAUGGCAUCGCCCAGCCAUCUCACCUGAACUUCUUCCUCGUGUCCCAGGAAGGCAUUCAGGGGACAUCCGUACCGUGCCACUAUCACAUCCUGCACAUGGAUGAGCGCCUGGUGAAGAAAGGAUACAAAGUGGAUGACUUCGAGACCAUUACUUUCCAACUUUGCCACUUGUACUCCCGCGCGGACAAGUCUGUCGGCUAUGCCACGCCAGCCUACAUGGCUGACCACGCUUGUGAGCGCGGCAAGUGCUACCUGGAGGCCCAAUUUGGAGUUGGGGACAUCGACAGCAGAUCAACUUUGGGAUCUUCAUCAACCGAGGACAAGCAGGAAGACAAACUUCGGGAGGAGAUCGAGGAGCGAAAGAGCUGGCUCAACAUGAAAGUGGCGGCCUCCAGCGCCAGGGACAGGCUCAACGGAUUGCAGUUCUACUGCUGA